ACUGAAAAGAAAAACUGCUCCUUUUCUUUCUUAGAUAAACAACCUGUGGCAUCCAAAAAACACGUCUAUGUGACUCCAAAAUAUCUCUCUUAUAAAUUGUUUUGAUUCGAAGAAGAAAACCCAUCAAUCUUUACACAUUUUCAGCGUUUUUGUACUUCCUUUUAUCUUCUAAGCUUUGCAUCACUUUCCAAGUCUUGGAGUUUUCGUUGAAUUUUGCUUGCAGGGUCAAUGGAGAUUGAUAAAGCAAUCAGAGAGUGUGAUGAUCGUAGGCUAAAGACAAAGUACAAUAAUGCUGUUUAUGUUAUUCAGAGAGCUCUCGCUCUCUACGCAACUGAAGAAGUUGCCUUUAGUUUUAAUGGAGGAAAGGAUUCAACUGUUUUGCUACACCUACUUAGGGCAGGCUACUUUUUGCAUAAAGGUGAACAAAGUUGUUCCAAUGGGGUUCUAGAAGACUUCCCUAUCCGAACAAUAUAUUUUGAGAGCCAAUCUGCUUUCCCUGAAAUUAACUGUUUUACUUACAAUACAGCUACUAGCUAUGGUUUGCAACUGGACAUCAUCCGCACAGAUUUCAAAUCUGGUUUGGAGGCUUUACUGAAGGCUAAACCAAUCCGAGCUAUUUUCCUUGGUGUGCGAAUUGGUGAUCCUACAGCGAUUGGGCAAGAACAGUUCUCUCCUAGCUCAAUUGGAUGGCCUCCUUUCAUGAGAGUGAAUCCGAUCCUGGAUUGGUCUUACAGAGAUGUGUGGGCCUUUAUUUUAACAUGCAAGGUCCAAUACUGCAGUCUUUAUGAUCAAGGUUAUACUUCCAUUGGGAGCAUAUAUGACACAGUUCCAAAUUCAUUAUUGUGCAUUAGCGAUUCCUCUAGCAGCAAAGAAGGAUUCAGACCAGCCUAUUUGCUUUCUGAUGGAAGAUUAGAGAGAGCAGGGCGAGCAAAAAAGAGUUCUGCUUCAGUUUGUGGGCACAAGACUGCCCUGAGCAAUGGCCUUGACAGUGUCAAUUUGCAGAAAAACAGCUUGCUUACAGCUUCAACCAUCGCUGUGGGGGAUGAGAUUCUGCUUGGCACUGUUGAGGAUCAAUUGAGGCCUUUAUUAUGUAGAAAGCUCCAUUCUAUUGGUUGGUCAGUAACACACACUGCGAUUGUUCAGAAUGAUGUAGAUUCUGUGGCUGAAGAGGUUGAGCGAUGGAAAUCAAAUAAUGAUAUGGUAUUCAUAUAUGGAGGGGUGGGCCCGUUGCAUUCGGAUGUUACUUUGGCUGGUGUUGCAAAGGCUUUUGGGGUUCGUCUGGCUCCUGAUGAAGAAUUUGAGGAAUAUCUAAGGCAUCUUAUAGGUGAUCAUUGCACUGGAGACCGGAAUGAGAUGGCUCAGUUGCCCGAAGGUAUCACUGAAUUGUUGCAUCAUGAAAAGCUGCCUGUGCCUCUGAUCAAGUGUCAAAAUGUAAUUAUCCUUAACGCAACGAAUGUUACAGAGCUGGAAAAGCAGUGGGAGUGUCUAAUUGAAUUAACAAGAUCUACUGGGGUGUUAGCGUUGAUGGAGCAAUAUGUUUCAAAGUGCUUGAAAACAGAUCUUUCAGAUGUAGAAAUCGCUCAGCCUCUUAUGAAACUUUGCCUUGAAUUCCCAGAUCUCCAAAUUGGAUCCUAUCGUGAAUCCAGAUAUGGGCCCCUUAUCAUAAGUUUCAAAGGCAAGGACCCAGCAAGGAUUGAAUCAGGUGUUGGAGCAUUGUGCAAAAAAUUCAAAGCUGGUGCUUUCUCUGAAGUCGUUUCAAGUUGAGAUAAUAAUGCUUUUACUGGAACUGCCUGUAUGCCUUGCCUGCUUGCUUCGCUUCCGGUUCCGCCACCACUCUCAUUGCCAAAGGCCCAAAGAUUAUGUGAUGCAUGGCCGGCUAGAGGCAAGGCCUUUUGACUUGGGCCUAAGAACAUAGAGGCCCAAUAUAAAUGUAGAACUUUUUAUUAUUGUUUUAUUUAAUAUAUAGCUCUUCAUAGACUUUGUCAA